AUGUUUAAACUUAUUUUUAAUUCAUCUCCAUAUCUUUAUUCCCUUAAGAAAAGAGGAAUUCUUAAGAAAAAUUUUCUCCGCAUACAAGAUAAAUUAAUAUGUAAUCAGCAUACACCAUUGCAUAUUUAUAAUGCAACGAAAUAUUCUAAGAAAUCAAUGAAUCAUAGAUUAUUUUAUAUAAAUUGGUUGUUUGUUUUUUUAUUUCUAGAUACUUGUAAUAAUCAUUUAGAUAUAUAG